AUAUCAGAUAUCAUAACUCAUCAAACAGACGAAAGGAUUACUGCAAAAGAAGCUCUUUUACGUUGGGCCCAAAGAACUACAGACAAGUAUCCUGGAGUUCGUGUGGGUGACUUCACUAGGAGCUGGAGAGAUGGACUUGCAUUUAAUGCCAUUAUUCAUAGAAAUAGGCCUGAUCUUGUAGAUUAUCGCUCUUGUUUGAAACGAUCUGCGAGAGACAAUCUAGAUUCUGCUUUCACAAUAGCAGAAAGAGAGCUUAAUGUAACUAAACUUCUAGAUCCUGAAGAUGUCGAUACUCAUGAACCUGAUGAAAAAUCUCUUAUUACGUACAUAUCUUCAUUAUAUGAUGUGUUCCCUAGGCCUCCUGCUCAUAAUCCAUUUGCAGUUGAUGACGAGAAAACACGCAAGGUGGAAGAAUACAAAGAAUUAGCAAGUUCUCUUUUCUUAUGGAUGAGGGAAUCACUGUCAUUGUUACAAGACAGAUCUUUUCCAAACACAUUAGUAGAAAUGAAAUCUCUUUUAGCUGAGUGUACUCGUUUUAGAGUGGAAGACAUACCUCCUAGGUUACAUGAAAAACAAAGGCUAACUCAUCUGUACAGAGAAAUUCAGAAAUCUCAUAGAGACAUUAUUUCAUUGGAAAUAAGUGAUGAAUUACACAUGGAAUCCAUUGAGAGAUACUGGAACAGAGUAAUGUUAGCUCACCAAGAAAGAGACCAGGCAAUCCAUGAUGAAAUUGCAAGGUUAGAAAAACUUCAAAGGCUUGCAGAGAAAGUACACCGAGAAACGAAACAGUGUGAUGGCAAAAUGGAUGAUAUUGAGAGACACAUAGCUGAAGAAGAAAAACGAGUUCAACGGCUUCACCCAUCUGAUGCCAAGCAUAACUGUGAUCAAAUUGAAAAUGAGCUAAAGCAUGUUGAAGAAAGUCUUAAGUCAAUGUCAAGAGAUGUACAGACACUCAGGGAUGGUCGUUAUCACCAAGCUCUGGAACUCCAGAAAAGAGUCCAGCAACUUCACGAAAGGUUUUUAAAUAUACGGCUGAACUUUCAGACGCGAUUGCUGAAUGUCCUUGCCACAAGAUCAUUGAAGACUGAAGAAAAGAAAGUGUCAAAACCUCGCCCUCUGUCAUUAGAAAAAUUAAUUGAAACAAAUAAAGCUUUUAAAUUUCUUCAAGAAUGCAUAGAUUGGGUGCAUAAAAAAUUGAAAUACCUAGAAGAAGCCGACUAUGGUACUGAUUUACCCAGUGUUCAGUCUUUGUUAGAACAGCAUCAUACAGAGCAUCGGCUCAUUGACCAGUUUCAGAAGAAUGUGGAUCAAUGUUCGUCACAAAGAACUCAGUUUAAAGGUGAAGAAUUGGAGCUUUACUGCAAAUUAUUAUCAAGACUAGAAAAAGGUUAUUCUGAAGUCCUGGUUAUGUCUAACAAAAGAAUGAGUGACCUUGAUACUCUUCUGGAUUUCAUCCAGUCUGCAACAAAUGAACUCAUAUGGAUGAAUGAAAAAGAAGAAAUAGAAGUAUCUAGAGACUGGAGUGCUAAAUCUUUAAAUAUUUCUGAAAUAGAAGAAUAUCAGAAAGCCUUAACAAUAGAGCUAGAAAAACGUGAAGUACAUUUUAAUGCUGUUCAAGAUAGGGGAGAAAGUCUUGUUCUGCAAAAGCAUCCUGCAUCCAAAUGUAUUGAGGCUUAUUUAGCUGCAAUGCAGACACAAUGGUCUUGGCUCUUGCAACUAAUGUCUUGCCUUGAAGUUCAUUUGAAAUAUGCUUAUAUUUAUCAUCAGUUUUUUAAUGAAGCUAAAGAGUGCCAACAAUGGUUGAAACAAAUUGAAAAUCGUCUAUCUACUACUUAUAGUCGUCAGAAUUUUUCCAUUGAUGAAGGUGAACGCUUAAUGAAAGAAAUGCAAGAACUAAGGGAUGAGUUGAGCCACUAUAGCAAUGUUGUAUCUUCAUUAAUUGAAAGAAGCAAAGAUAUAGCUCCACUGAAACAAAGACGUCAACCUCUUCCAAGACCUCUCAGAGUUACUGCUAUAUGUUCAUAUAAGCAACAGUCUAUGUCUGUAAAUAAAGAUGAACAGUGCUGGCUUCAUGACAAUUCAAAUAAAACUAAAUGGAAGAUAAUAAAUGCUCAUGGAGUUGAAGGCAUGGUUCCUGGCGUGUGCUUUGUUAUACCACCUCCUAAUCCUGAAGCUCUUGAGCUUGCUGAAAGUUUGAAAAGGCAAUUUGAAACAAUUGUGAAUCUGUGGACAUCUAAACAACGUAAACUGAGACAAAACAUGAUCUUUGCUACGAUAAAAAUCAUUAAAUCAUGGGAUAUAACUAAGUUCCGCAGCAUUGAACCAAUUCAGAGGGAAAGCAUCAUAAAAGCUUUAAAUGAAGACACUCAGAAGCUUCUGAAUGAAGGAUCAAGUGAUGACCCUGCAUUGAAACGACUGCAAGAGGAAAUUGCUUAUUGUAAUAAGCUGUUCGCUGAUCUACAGCGCAUGCUAGAUCAGGAUGAAGUGGAUCGAAUUAACAAAAGUCAAGCUCGUAAAUUCAAUGAUUUAGUGGCAUCCGUACAAAGCACUUUAACCGAAAAGGAAAGAACCUUGAAACAACGCACGCAAGCUCCUAUACCUCGCAGCAAAGAAAUAGUGGGCCAGCUUAUGCAAGAACAAAAAGAUUUUGAAUCAGAUUUACAGACAAUUGAACCUAGAAUCUGUGAAGUGAGAGAAGCUUUUAGAGAACUUACUACAAAAACCCCCGCUUUGCAGUCUCGGUAUGAUGGAGUUAUGGAGUCAUGGAAUAACUUGUGGUCUGUUUCCAAUUUGUAUGUUGAAAGAAUGAAAGCUGUAGAACUGACGCUAGGCCAGUAUGAGGAAGCUACACAGGUUGUUUCUAAUGUUGAAUUACAGUUGGUGUCAUAUGAUGAAAUGCCAUCUGAUGUUGAAAGUUCAACAAGAGUGGAAGAAAGUUUAAAAACCUUAAAAAGGGAAAUGCAGCAUAAGCAAGUGAUGUUUGAGCAAAUAAGUCAGAGUGUGAGUUCUGUGCGUCAUUAUGUUGAAUUGAGUCGACCUCAUCAAACUGUGCAUACAGAUGUUAGCAAGCUUGAAGAAGAUGUGAAAAAAGUUAGACGACGAUGGGACCUGGCAGGCACUCAAGUUGCUGAUAGACUUCGAGCUUUAGAAACAUCUAUGGACUUACUUCAAAGUUACAAAGGAAAGUACAAUGAACAAAAAGUGUUUGUGAGUCAAAUGUGUGCUAAAGUAGAAUCUCUGAAAUCUGUUAGCCGAUUGGAAGCGCAAGAAAUGCAUCAUGAAAUUGAAUCUUCAAUGAGUACUUACCACACACUGAGUCAGAGAAAAGCUGCCAUUGAAGAUGUAAAUGUUGAUGGUGGUCGUUUUGUGCGUGAAGCAAAGAUAUAUGACCUCCUACUGAAGCAGUAUCAAGAAGGCCUUGAUGAUAAUCCUGCUGCAUCGGAUGCUAAGAAGGCCAAACUGUUAUCAGGGGCUGAAAUCGUUAGCCAAGAACUAGAUGUUUUAAACCAAGAAUACACAGAUUUGGUGAAUACUGUGUUACAGAGAUUGAAUGAACUGAAAAGUUUAGUUUCUAGUCAAGAAGGCCAAAAGUUUUCUGUUACCAUCAUUCAAGCUGCUCCCAUCACUCUGAAGACAUACUGUACAGAACUCAUCUUGGAACAAGUUCCUUAUUCUUUAAGUCAUAAAACAAACUACAUUAACCAUACAUCAUUAAAUACAUCAGUUUCCAGUACAGGAGAAAACACUACUGAACAUUUACAAACAAACAACUCCUUUCAACAUGAUUUAUACAAAAGCUAUUUGCCAUAUGAAAUCCAUAAGAAAGAGUCCCCUAAGACACCUUACACCACAGUUCUAGAUAUAAGCAUGGAUGUAGAAAACUCUGCAUCAGAAAAAGACGAACUUUUAGAAUAUGCAGGAACUUCAUUAUCAUUUACUGAAGUAAAAUGUAGUCAGAGAUCAGUUUUUUUUAAUUGUAGUAACCAGACCAUCUUUGAAAAGAAAACUAUUUUUGAUGCUAGUACUAAAUCAAAUAUUAGUUUCAAUGAAGCUUUAGAUAAAAAUAUAAUAAAUAUGAAAACAUUAUGUUAUCUAGAUAGUGUUAGGAAAAUGGAAUAUUCUUUCAAAGAAGCCGUUUCUUUGUCUUAUAUUGAUGCCAGUUUCUAUAACAGUAUUAUUCAGUAUUAUGAUAUCACAGAUCCAAAGAAUAAAAAAAGUAUUACACUUCUGGAAGCAAUCCAAAGAAAAUUAUUUAAUCCUAAAACAGGAAAAUUUAUGGAUUCAUCAAAUGAAAAAGAUUUAUCUGUAGAAGAAGCUGUGAAGUUAGGAAUAAUAAACAAAGAAAAUGUUAUAUAUUUUAUUGAAAAUAAUAUCAUAAACAGUAUUAGAUAUUUAAUACCUGAAGCUGUUCUUAAGGGUUACUUGGAUCCAGAUUCAGGUAUAUUUACUAGUCCAUAUUCUGCAGCUUCUUUUUCCAUUCCGGAAGCAUAUUCAUUAGGUUAUUUGUAUGCUGCUUCUCCCAUUAUUGAAGAUUCUCUCUCGCUUACUGAUGCACUUAAUUCAGGAUUAGUUGUUGAAGAUGAAGGUAAAAUAUGUGAUCCAGACUCUGGUAAUUUGCUUACUAUUAAUGAAGCUCUUGUUCAUGGAGUUUUAUCUAAGCGACUCAGAGAAGUAGUUGACCCUAGCAUUGGAAAUAUUGUUACAAUACCAAAUGCUAUAAAUAGUAAACUUAUUGAUCCAGAUACUGGUUGUUUCUUACAUCCGAAAGAUUGCCAGCAGCUUUCUCUGAAAGAAGCUCAAAAACGUCACUUAAUUAUGCCAUCAUUAACUUUAAAACAUGCUUUUGAGAAGGGUCUUAUCAUGGAAAAUGGUGAAAUUCUGAAUGUUUUAAACUCUACGAAAGUCUCACUGAUAAGGGCUGGAGUGAUCGGUUUAUUAAGUCUUGAUGUAAAAUGCAUUUUGUAUCCUGAUAGUGAUAAAUUGCUAACUUUAGCUGAAGCUUUAAUUUUAGGCGUUAUAACUCCAGACUGUAAAUAUUUUGAUAUUAAAUCUAAUGAAAAAAUAUCACUUGCCCAGGCUGCAAAUAGAGGGUACCUUGCUGCAGUAGAUAAAAGAAUGAUUUUUGAUAUUGAAGGCUUCAGGGACACUACAAUAAACGAGUAUGUGAGUUUUAAUUCAGCUGUUUCAAAAUCUAUUAUCGAUAAAAGUUCUGGCUAUGUUCAAGAUCUGAAUACUGGCCAGCGCAUGUCUAUGUUGGAGGGUAUUGAACACAAAUUAGUUAUACCUCAAGUAUUUGAAAUGCUGAAUAAGAAUAUUGGCAUAAAUGAUGAAAACGGUGUUGAACAAACUCUUCUUGAAUGUGUCACAAAAGGUUUAUUAGACCCUCAGACAGGUCAGAUAAUUGAUCCUGGCUCCAAAUGUCCUCUAAGACUGAUGAAAGCUGUUCAGAAAGGCAUUAUAAGUGAAGAAGGUGCUGUAACGUUAAAAUCUCUUCUCAAUAUUACUGUUACUUUGACUGCUAUAACAAAAACAACUACAAGGUAUGUCACUGUUGCAAGUCGAAGUUUUGGUACUGACUUAAAAAUUACUUUUGAUGAAGCUUAUGAAAGAGGUCUUAUUGAUGAAAAUCGUGGUACAUUUAAGCACCCCUACAGUGGAAACAUUAUGCCAAUUGAAGAAGCAAUCAGCAAAGGGUACUUAAGUAUACUUGAUUCUUCUAAGUCAGAGGCUCAUAUUUAUCAGUCUGAAGAAACCAUUUUUAAAAAUAAUGUGAAAUUCAACAAAAGUGCUUCAACUGUUUUUGAGCAACAAAAUUUUGAAGCUAUGGGUUCUGAUAGUCUCAAUGAAAAUUCUGAAAAUGCUUCGAUGCUUGAUAAUAAAAACAGUGAAAUCAAUGUGCCACCAGAUAAAAUUUUCAGUUCAGUUUAUAAUCAUUUCACACCUCAAGGUUUAUUUCACCAAGAAAGAAAAGAAAGUACUGAAAUUCUUAAAGAAAGCCAUGUUCAAACUAUGCAUUUUGAAACAAUCACAGAGCAGAAUUCUAGUAAAAAUAAUUUAACUUCUGUGCAUGAGCCUGCAUUUUCUUUAAAAACAUUAUUAUUUGAAGGAAUAUUAAAUCCUGAUUCAGGGUAUUUGAGUUUCAAAGAUUCUGAUGAAGUGAUGGAUUUAAAAAGCAGCAUCACAAGAGGUAUAUUAGAUCCUAUGUCUGCUCUUGUAGUAGAUAAUUCAACAAAGAAAUAUAUUCCAUUAGAUUUAGCCAUCCAACAGAACAUAUUAUCUCCAACAGGUGUAUAUUUUUUGUCUAAUGGACAGAUAUCUAUGAAAGAAGCACUUGAUCAAAGUUUUAUUAUAUGUAUUAGUGCUAAGGAUAGCAGUCCAGAACUAUUACUACAAAAUGAAGUAAAUAACCAAUCCGUAGAAAAUAACAGCAUUAUCUUCAAUAAAAUUUUUAGCAACAUGAAAGUAGAUAUGGUUGACAUAGGAGUGGAAGUGCAAAAUAGCACUUCUUUGGAAAAAACAUGCGUAGAAGAAAAUUUAUCUAGUCAAAAUUUUCAGCCAAAUAUACAGAGCAAUUUAGAAAUGAGUGCUGACAGUAGUGAUGUAAGCUGUAUGAGUAUAAACUCAGACAACAAAGAAAAUAUAUUAAAUGGAGAAAUAUUAUUAAAUGAGGCUUCUGUUAAAGGACUGCUUUUACCUUUCAGUUCCACAGAAUGUACCACCAAUUCUAUAGCACAAAAUGCCAUAGAAUUCUCCGUAAAUGGCAGCAUUAGUGCAGUGCAGUCAUUUGAAAACAAAUCUCACACUGGGAUGGUUAUAAAUUAUUCCUCUGCAAACUCGAGUUCAUUAGUCAAAGUAAGUGAACAUGAUGUAGAUAGUAAUAUAGCACCAAACUUAGAUACAUCUGCUUGUGAGGACAUGUCAGAUAAAAACAAAAAUGUUGCUGAAGAAGAUAUUGAUCGAAAUGAGAACAAAAAACGAUUAUCUAAGUCUCAGUAUACUGUUCCUAGAUUUGAAGUAACUAUUGGCAAAGCUCAAUCUGUCAAGUCUCCAGCAAAAGCUGUCGUACUCAAAAAAGUGAAAAGGAAAAAAGUACAUCCAAAUUAUGCUGCUGAGAAGGGAAUAACAGAUGAAAAGACGGCAGCAACUUUGAAAGACAUUGCAAACUUAAUUGGACCAGAUGGACAAUCUCUGUCACUUGAAGAAGCUGUAAGAUUGAGUUUCAUAGAUGGAAGUGAUGGUGUAAUAAAGAAUCCUAAGAACAAUGAAACACUAAACAUAAACCAGGCUAUUUGUGAUGGUUUACUAGAUCCAGAAAGUGGACACUUUAUUCUUCCUGUUGGUCGUUCUUUAAGUAUUCCAGAAGCAGUCACCCAGGGUCUUGUCGAACCUGUUCAACAAAAAAUAGUCCAUCCUGAACAUGGUGAACAUUUAUCAAUUCAAGAAGCUAUUGUAUGUGAAAUUAUUGAUCCAAUGUCGAAAAUGACUGAGCCUGUUACUGGCAAAAAUCUUACUCUUGAAAAUGCUAUAGAUGCAGGUGUCAUUAAUGGUAAUAAUGGUGAAGUGCAGACAUGUGAUGGUACAAUGACUAUGUUGGAAGCAGUUAAGCAAAAUAUUUUUGAAACUGUAGCAUCAGUUGAAGUCAACCUUCCACCUCUUGCACCAACAUUUGCUGUUGCUCUUCGUCAAGGUUAUAUUGACCUAGAUAAAAGAAAUUAUAUUCAUCCUAUUACAAACAAUGUUAUUCCUCUUUUUGAAGCCAUAGACGAAGGUCUCAUAAUGACUGGUGAUGCGAAGCAUUUGGAAGAUUCCAUCUAUUUGUGGACUGCUCUAGAGAAUAAACUUAUUGAUUCUGUAUCAUGUGCCAUAAUGCAUCCAAAUUCACGAGUUUCGAUCCCAGUUGAAGAAGCAAUUGAUUCUGGAUUUCUUUUAAUUACCUCUGAGAAACCUGCUAGUAUAAUUUCAUCUAAAGGAAAACAGGAAACUGGAGACAAUUUCCAAAAUGUUUUGAUUCCUGGACAUUUAUAUAUGUUAUGUGACUUAUUAAAUUAUGGGCUUUUAGAAGUUAACAGAUGCAUCCUUUCAGUACCUUACAGAAAAGAUAAAAUACCAUUGGCUUCUGCAUUGGCUGAAACUGUUAUCUUUCCUGAUGCUAUCAUACAAGCAGAAAAUGAUCAAGAAGUGGCAUUAGUUGUGAAUUCAGCUGCUGAAGUCAACAAAUCAAGUCCACUCAACAUAGCAACAGCAAUUUCUGGUGGUUAUUAUGAUGAAGUGAAUAACACAUUUCUGGGACCAAACACCAAUGAUAUUUUGUCCCUAGAUCAACUUAUGAAAGAGCACAUUAAUGAAUUAUCAUUUUGUAAAGUAAAAGAUAAAAAAACGCUUGCCUUUUUUCCAUUGUCUGAAGCUAUGUCUCGAUCACUUAUUGAUGAAAAUUCUGGAAUGAUAUUUGAUGAAGAGAGUAGUACUUCAAUUUCUUGCUUUGAAGCAACUUCCAAAUGCCUUAUUGUGUAUAUCCCAACAGAAGAUAGAUGUGUUAAAAAUAUAAGGCCAAUGACUUUUAAAGAAUCAAUAGAAAGAAAGUUUUUUGACGUAGAAUCUGCUGAAUUAAAAAUCCCUUUAUGUUUCAGAUGUUUUUCAUUGAGUGAAUCACUUCGUUUGGGUUUAAUAGAAAGAUCUUCAGUGUUGGUGUACAAUCCUUUAAAGGAUGUACUGAUUUCCCUUAUAGAAGCCUGCAAAGCCUCUAUCAUUGACAUUAAUGGUGAUUUGUUUAUUCAUCCUAUUACUAGUCAAGAAAUAAGUUUAAAAGAAGCUUUUAAGCGUGGAUUAAUAGUUCCCAAAAGAAAACCUAUGUCUCUUGAAGCUGCCAUUAAAAUGGGACUUGUGAAAUCUGAUUGUGGUGUAAUAGUAGAUCCUGUUACACAACAAGAAAGUAAUAUAGAAAUGUCAGUCAGGGGUGGUUUAAUCGACCCUAUAUUAACACUGAUUAAAGACACAAAGUCUGAUAAAUUAUUAACUUUGGAAGAAUCCAUGCUAAGACGACUUGUUCUGAAGUCAGGAAAAGUAAAGUGCACUGCAAGAAAUACCUUAUUAAAUUUUCAGGAUGCAUUAGAUGAAGGGAUUAUACAAACCCAGCAGUUAAAGCUAACUUUAGUAGAGGCAAUAGAUCAAGAUUAUUAUGACCAGCAUAGUGGACAAUUUUUUAACCCUUUAACUGGUUGCAAUAUAACAUUGGUAGAGGCCGUAGAAAUGAAAUUUAUCCUUGAAGAAUCUGCCAAAGUAAAAAGUGUAAAAACCUGUCAGUUUAUUUCAUUAAAUGAAUCAAUAUCUCUGAACAUUUUAGAUGCUACCAGAGGCACUUAUAAACUUCCUCAGCCAGUAAAUUUGAAAUAUGCUCUUGAUAUGGGUUAUAUAAUUAAUUAUUCCAUGCCAUUAACAUUAUCAGAGGCGCUAGAGCUUAACUUAUAUGAUUCCCAGACUGAAUUAUUUAAUGACUUUCAUCAAAGUGAAAAACCAUUGGAGGAAAUGAUAUCUGCUGGUUAUAUUAAUGGAAAUGCUAAGACUGUGUUUGAUAUGUUUUCUGAUGAAAUUGUAUCACUUCAUGAUGCAAUACAGAGAAAAAUGUUAGAUGCAAGAAAAGGAUGCUUCAGAAGUCCAUUUGAUCAAUCAGAAAUGAAUUUGUAUGAUGCUUAUGAGCAAGGUAUAAUUUUACCUUACAAAAGGAAACUUACACUAUUGGAAUCCAUUAACAAAAUAUAUUAUUGCCCUAAGUCAUGCUCAUAUUACAAUCCAGCCAUGGAUUUAAGGCUUACAAUUUUAGAUGCAGUAGAAUCAGAAUGUAUUGAUGUAACUAAAACUCUUAUUUGUGAUUCAGUGGACCAAGCUAUUUUUUCAUUUGCAGAUGCUGUGAAGCAAAAUAUAAUUGAUCUGUCAAAUGGCACUUUAUAUCUUGAAAGACUCAAGCAACAUAUAACAUUCCAACAAGCAGUUGAAAGAGAUAUAUUUAUGGAAGUCAUAUGCAUGUCUGUUAAAGAUUCAAUAAAUACAGGAGUAUAUCAAGAAUCAACUGGUUUAUUCUUUAAUCCUUUUUCCUCAGAACAUAUAUCUUUAAAAGCUGCUAUUAACUGUGGUCUUAUUGAUCCAGAUACAGUUAAAAUAAAGCAAGUCAUAGAGAAAACUGUAUUGUACAUUUCUCUUGAAGAAGCAGUAGAAAAAAAUGUGGUAGAUCCUUUAAAAUCUUUAGUGUAUUCUCCUGAUGGCUCUUUAGUACCCUUUAACCUAGCUUUCGAGGAAGGCCUCAUUGUAGAAAAUCAUCCAUCUAUUUCAUUACAGAAAGCUAUUCUUGACGGUCUUUAUGAUAGAUCAACAGGGCGAUUUCAUAUUGCUUCACAUUCCAAGAAAUUAACACUUCGGGAAUGUCUAAAUCAAAAUAUAUUAGAUGGGAAUCUUCCAUGCUAUUGGGAUGAAAAUUCAGAAAGACUUCUGUCUUUGAAUGCUGUUGUAAGGAAACAAAUAAUAAAUUCUACUUUGGGGUUAUUCCAAAGUUCUAAAGAAAAUCAUUCCAUUCCUUUAGAUGAAGCUUUAGAACAGGGUGUUUUACUUGAUAUAGAAAAGACUUUAACUUUAUACGAUGCUCUUAAAUUUGACCUAUUUGUAAAAUCAGGAAAAUUCUUUAGCCCUAGAAAUGGCUUGUUGAUAACUUUACGGAAAGCUUGCGUUGAUAGCUUAAUUUCUCCACAUACAUCAUUUGUGAAAAGUCCUGAAAAUAAAGUGAUAACCCUUUGCCAGGCUGUAAAUGAUGGCAUAAUUGAUGAUGUAAAUGGAAGGUAUAUUUUUAUAGAUACUGGUGAAACUAUAUCUUUAAGAGAAGCAUUCAGUAGGCAGCUUAUAAUUCUCUUUAACAAACCGUAUAGUUUCGAGAAUGUUCUUAAUAUGAAAUUAUUCAAUCCUGAGACAGGUCAGUUUUUGGAUCCAAUAUCAAAUCAGUUUUUAACUGUUGAAGAAGCAGUUAAUAAUAAUUUAGUGAAAGAUGAUAUAAUGGUUCAUGAUCAUAAAACAGAAUCUCUGAAAUCUCUUCGUUUAUCUUUGACUGAUGGUACAAUUGAUGUUACUUCUGGUACUUUAAAAGAUCCUAAUAGUCAUUGUUCCAUAAGUCUAGAUAAAGCUUUUGAACAGAAUUUUAUCAUUUCACUAGGACCUGAAUUUUUACAAAAUUUUAUGCAAAACAAAAAUUUUUCAGACUUGUGUUCUUUCCAUCGUGUUGAAUGUACUGUGGAAGAAGCAAUCCAGAAAAAACUUAUGAAUCCUGAUAAAAAUUUUAUCAGAGAUCAUAAUGAUGCACAGUUAAUCACAGUAAAGCAUGCCAUUGAAAAUGGAAUGAUUAAUUUACGAAAGAAACUUGUAUUUUGUCACAUUUCAAAAAGAACUAAUUCUCUCGUAAUCCACUAUGAAGAACAGCAAAUAUUUGCAAGAAAACCAAAUUCUUUAAGUGAAACAAUUAUGGAAAAGAGUCUUAAUGUUUUAAGUGGCAUGUUUACAGAGCCUAAUUCUAAGCAGAUAUUUACAUUGAAAGAAGCUGUGGAUCUUGGCUAUAUUGAUUGUGGGUCUGCUGUAGUUAAAGAUACCAAGAGAAGGCAAUUUUCAAAUUUGAAGUUUGCAUUUGAAAAUAAUACCUUAGAUUCAGAUAGGGGAAUGGUUAUUAACACAAUGACAAAUCAAGUACUAACAUUAAAUGGGGCCAUUAGUUCUGGUCUCAUGUUAACAUAUCCAUAUUCAUUUAAUCUUACAGAUGCUUUAGAUUAUGAUAUGUAUGACAAAAACACAAAUAUGAUUAGAAACCCAUUCACUAACAUGUAUGAGACAUUGUCCAAAGCAGUUGCCUCUGGCCUUAUUAAUCCUUCAACAACACUUGUGAAGGACACUGCAUCAGGUUGUUUUUAUGAUCUAAACAUUGCCCUCGACAAGGGUAUUAUAUGCCCUGAAACUGGAUGUCUGAUGAAUGUAGGCAAUGGUGAUUCAACUACUUUAAUGGAUGCAUAUCAACGGGGAUUGCUGGUACCAUCUGAAAAAAGGGUUGCCAUUGAAGAAAAAUACAGACAGUGUUCUGAUACUAUAUCAAAGUUAUUGGCCUGGUUGCAAGAGAAAGAAAUGGAAUUGGCUGAACUUGGACUUGUUAAAGAAGAAGCAGAUGAAUUAUAUCGUCAAAUCAAUUCUGCAAAGUCAAUAAAACAAGACCUAGAAGAUCACCAGAGAUCUAUUAUGUCCUGCAUUGAUCAAGCUCAGCAGCUUAUUGAACAAGGUCAAGAUGUUUUGAGUAAAGAUGAAAUCCAUAAUAUUCAAAAGAAUUCUGAAGCUUUAAAGAAACGUUUCACAAAAGCUAAUGAAGAUAGUGAAAAAUUGCUGCGUCGUCUCAAUACUGCUUCAGAGGAACUUCAAAAAUUUUCAAACGAAUUAAUAAAUUUUAUGGAAUGGUUAAAAGAUUCACAUCUUAAACAAACUGAAAAAGAGAGAAGUUUAGUAGAUCUUGAUCAUCUGAAGGAAAAUGCAGAUGCGUACAAAACAUUUUCAAGUGAUGCUAUUGCCCAUCAAGCAGAUCUCAGAUUCAUAACAAUGGCUGCACAAAAAUUUGUUGAUGAAUCAAAAGAUUAUUUGCGAGUAUUGAAUGAUUUCCGAACUUCUCUACCUCGACGUUUGGGACAUUUGGAACCAACCGACAGUGAAGUGAAGGCUAAAGUGCAAGAAGUGUCUACUGCAUUUCAAAAUCUCCUGAAUCGUAUUGAUAAGCUUGGUGAUAAGUUUUCUAAUUUGUUCAGCAAACAAAGAAAUUUUGCUGAUUGUAUGGAAAAAGCAAGUAUGUGGCUGAAUAGUAUUCAAAAGAAUGCAAAAAAAGUUGUCGAAGAACCUGCUGCUGCUGACCCUCGAGCUAUUCAAGACCAGUUAGACAGAGUCAAAGUCUUAAACAUGGAACUGAUUCAGCAAGGCCGACUUAUUGAUGCUGCAAAAGAGUCUGCAAGAGUGCUUCUAGAUGCUUUGGAAGAUUCUGAUAUUAGUCCAUUGGAAAAGCAGGCAAUUUCAAACAAAGUUAAAGGUUUGGAACAAGAUUAUAAUGACCUCUGCAACAUGGUGAAUGCUAAGAGCAAUGAGUUGCAGAUGGCUUUGCUGCAUUCUCAAGACAUUCAAGAUGGUUUAGACAGAAUUUUAAAAUGGUUAGAUGAUACUGAAACAAAUUUAAAGAACCAGAGCAGGCCUGUGAGCUUAAUAAAAGAGAAACUUGAAGAACAGAUUCAGAUGCACAAGAUGUUGUUGUCCGAUAUUGAUGGGCAGAAACCUACUUUAGAUGCUGUUAAUGAUUCAGCUAGAGAGCUCUUAAAUAGUUCUAAUCAACGAUUGGCUAAGAAAAUUGAAUCAAAAUUGAAAGAUGUUAACUUAAAAUUUGAAAAACUUUGUGAAAAGGCUCAGAAGAGAUCAGAUUUAUUGGAAGAAGUUUGUAAAGCACUUGGUGCUUUCUCAACUCUAGCUACAAAAUUUGAAGAUUGGUUAACUACUAUGCUUGAAAUCACACGAAAUAAGGACCAGUCUCGCUCUGAUGGCAGUAGUCUGAGUGUCAUAGAAGAUGUUAUUAACCAGAGAGAUGCUCGUAAAGAAGAAUUUGAAGAAAUUCUUCGCUCUGGUAAAGUUCUGGUUGGCAAACGAGAUGUUACCGAUACAAGCAUUGUAAAAGACAAAAUGAAAUCUUUGGAACAACAGUGGAAGGAACUUGGUGACCUAGUUGCUGAACAACACAGAAAAAACAAGGAAAGGGCAGAACAAUUAUCUGCUUAUGAAGCACUUAGAGCAAAAGUUCUUGAAUGGUUAAGUUCAAUGGAAAUCAGGGUAGAUAAUCUUGAACCUGUGGCUUUGGACAAAGAAGUACUUAGAAGGCAAUCAUUGGAAAUAAAGACACUUGCUAAAGAACAUGCAGAUUAUGCACCUACCAUUGACAAAAUUAAUGAUCUUGGAAACAGCUAUGAGGCAAUGCUUAAAGGUGAUAGUCCUAGGCAUUUCUCUGGAAGCCCAUCUAGGAAGCCAUCGAGCCCAACCAGACUUUCACCCACUAAGCAUCGCAAAUCCCCCGAUUAUGGUUCACCUUCAGGAAGAGGUAUUCAAAGCCCACUCUCAAGUAUGUCAAGUGGCUUCAGUAGUUCUAGAAGCUCUGCAGAUAAUCUUGGUGGCAUUGAAGACCUCACCCCAAUUCAGCAACAAUUAUCUGAAAUUAAUCACAGAUACAGUUUACUUGGUGUCAAAUUAUCUGAUCGAUCCCAAGAAAUCAAUUCCUUUUCGGAUGAAAUUAAAGUGUAUCUAGAUAAUUUGAAGAAUUUGUUGAAUUUUGUGCAAGCAAAAGAAAGGCAAUUACCAAAGGAUCCACUGCCAGUUACCCGUGAACAGGCUGCUAAGCAACUUCAAGCCUUAAAGGCAAUACAAGAGGAUAUGCUGGAAAGACAAUUAGAAGUAGAUCGAUUGAAAAAUCAGACGGAUGAUCUUGCACGUCGCAAACCUGCCACUCCUGGUAUUGACAAUUUGAUGGUGCAAAUGUCAGAUCUUGGUCAAAGAUGGAAUGAGCUGUUAUCUGCCGUCAAAGAGAAAUCAAAAUUCUUACAGGAUUUGAAAGAUUUCCAGGAUUCCCAAGAUGCUAUGAAUAACUGGUUAGGACAGAAAGAAAAAAUGUUUCAGGUAUUAGGACCUAUUGCAUCAGAUCCUCGAAUGGUCAAUUCACAAAUUCAGCAAGUUCAA